AGUGAGUAAACUGGUGUAGAUCUGACCAACAUGAAGAGAAGAGCAGAGUGUGUCGGUGACUCAGAUCGGAGAGACGCUCCCAAAACCUGCGAACAUGCAGCGGCACGCAGACCUACAUGCUGAUAGGAGAAACUGUGUGUGUGUGUGUGUGUGUGUGUGAGAGAGAGAAGAUCUUCACGAGCGUUACGGCGAUCCUCAGCUCCAGAGCAUGACAUUCCUGGACAUGGAUUUGGCAUGAACUUGAUGGCUUGAUGAAGAGAGGAAAACGUAAGGGUCUGUGGAUAGAGGAGACGAAUGAGCUGAACUGAGGGAAAUCACACACAACUGCACAGGCUGUCGGGAUGUUCCUGAGGAAGAAGAAGAAGAAGAGGAGGCUGGAGAUCUCCACGCCCAAGAACUUCGAGCACAGGGUGCACACGUCCUUCGACCCGGUCCAGGGAUGUUUCCUCGGUCUGCCGCCCCAAUGGCAGAGCAUCAUCGAAACACUCAAGAGACCCAAACCUGUGGUGGACCCGUCCAGAAUCACACAGGUCUACCUCAAACCGAAGAAGAGCAUCGUGCGUGGCAGUUUCAUCGGACACGAGGACUACAUUUCUGCGGCGAUCGCUGAGAUGAGUCGACUCUCUGUCACCAGCUCAAACUCCUUAAGGAGAACCAGCCCGUCUUUGCGGAAACGAGCUCAAUCUCUGGGUCGCCUGGGAGAGGUAGUCGAGGGAGAGACGUACGAGUAUCAGGAACUGAACGAGGCGAAUCUGAGAAACGGUCAGUCGGUCUUGGACUGGCACUCAAGAUCCCGACAGGUCCAGAGUGAGAGUGGAAGUCCUCAGCCUGACCACAAGAAGGGCUUCACUUUAAACCCAAAUGACUCACGGACAAGAUCCAAAUCAAUUCACGAGGUGAAGAUGUUCACGGAGCAACCGAUGCUCAUGCCUCGGGACAUUUUACUCGCGCCUAGAACUGUUCAUGACCGGCUCGGCAUCGCUAAAAUGGACGGUAAAUUCAUCCAGAGACCCGUGUCGUGUCUCUACAGCACAUACAGAGAAAACAACGGAGCAAAACUGAUCUCAGAACUGCCGAAGAUGGAAGCGCAGAAGAGGCCACAGUCCACCUACAACUUUAAGGUGAAUUCCCCGACCUACGCGGCCAUUUCCAAACCCAACGGCACCAGUAGUCCAAAACCAGGCCAUGGAUUAAUCCCCAUCCAAACCACACGCCGUUCCUCCAAUGACAUCGUGGACGGCAACGAAACCUCGGGACCCCCGACCCAGGACAGCCCGUCCCAGCCCAGACCUCCACCCACGGGCUCGUCGGAGAGUCCCGGUCCGACGCCCGCCAGCGCCCCGGAGCCCACGCUCUCCCACGAGCAGUUCAAGGCCGCGCUGCAGAUGGUGGUGGACCGAGGGGACCCUCGCUCGUCUCUGGAGAGCUUCGUGAAGAUCGGAGAAGGCUCCACGGGUGUGGUCUGCAUCGCGCGGGAGAAGCUCAGCGGACGCCAGGUCGCGGUGAAGAUGAUGGACCUGAGGAAGCAGCAGAGGAGGGAACUGCUCUUCAAUGAAGUGGUUAUAAUGCGAGACUACAGUCAUAAGAACGUGGUAGAGAUGUACAAGAGUGCCCUGGUGGGGGAAGAGCUCUGGGUGAUCAUGGAGUACCUGCAGGGCGGCGCUCUAACCAACAUCGUCUCAGAAACCAGACUAACAGAGGAGCAGAUCGCGACGGUGUGUGAGUCCGUCUUGCAGGCGCUCUGUUAUCUUCACGCUCAGGGCGUCAUUCACAGAGACAUCAAGAGUGACUCCAUUUUACUGACACUGGACGGCAGGGUCAAACUGUCCGACUUUGGAUUCUGCGCUCAGAUCAGCAAAGACAUUCCCAAAAGGAAGUCGUUAGUGGGAACUCCAUAUUGGAUGGCUCCGGAAGUGGUUUCGAAGACGCCGUACGGCACUGAGGUGGACGUGUGGUCUCUGGGGAUCAUGGUGGUGGAGAUGGUUGAUGGAGAACCUCCAUACUUCAGCGAGACGCCGAUAGCAGCGAUGAAGAGACUCCGGGACGAGCCGGCGCCGUCCGCCAGGAACACCAGCAAGAUCUCUCCAGUCCUGAGGGACUUCCUGGACUCGAUGUUGACGCGUGACCCCGUGCAGAGAGCCAGCGCUGGCGAUCUCCUGCAACACCUCUUCAUGCUCCAGUGCUCGUCUCCGCGCUGUCUGGUGCCGCUGGUGGAGCAGUACCGCAAGCGCAUGUCCCGAUGCUGAGCACCGCCCACCUGAAC